CCCGCCAUCAGCGUUAGCCGGUGUUUCUCACAGUAUCGUUUGACAUCGUGUUUUAUGUCACUCCGUGUUAUUUUAUGGUUGUCCAGUCAACAAGACACACGUGCAUUGUAUUUCUAAUCUCAUCUGUGGUGGAUUAUUUUCUGGCUGUUCUUAGCUAGAUGCAGCGGCAGGGCUGGAAUUAAGCGGUUAUAAAAUUGUGUUUUUGUCAUUUUUAUCUGCGCGUUUUUCAGUUGAUAACGGUCACAUUUGAAGCUAGCUGUGGAGCCGCAGCUAACAUGCUAGCACCACAUUAGCAUCCUAGCCGUUUGAACCAACCGUUGGACCGCUGGACUCAGAAUCACCAGCUAGGUUAGCUAGGCUAACUUAUGACAACAAUGGAAGACCCUGGUAUCAAGAAGCAGAACUGGGACGUGAAAGAGACGGAGUUAUUUCUGGAAAUCCUCAAAGAGCUGGAUAUGGAGAAAUGUUUGGACGGCAGGAAAGUCAGGAAUGCUAAAAUCUUCAAAGUGGCUCACAGGAGAAUGACAGCAGCUGGUUAUCAUAGAUCUGUGGACCAGUUAAAGUUCCGAUGGAAACUUCUCAAAAGCGCGUACUACAAGCACAAAAGAGAGCCACAUUCAUCAGCCCCGGCCAAAAUACAAGGCUGGUGGAGGUAUGAAAAGACUAUGUUUGAUAUCAUGGAGUCCAGACACCCCCUGGUUGAAGCUGGGGUUCACUCGGACAGGAAUGAUGAAGCGACAGAAGACUCGGAUGGAGAUGGAUCUAUGCUCCACUGGCCGCAGACCUGCACGGACAAUGCUCCUCAGAGCCUGAACCUGGAUCUAAUUAUUAAAAUGGACCCUGAGAUGGACGCACAGCUGAAGAUCGGUUUUAUCGGUGCAGGGAACAUGGCCUUUGGCAUUGCAAAGGGCAUCUUGUCUGGAAACGUUCUCCCUUUAAACCUCAGAGUGAGCGCUCCCUCCUCAAGGAACCUGGGACGCUUUCAGGAGCUCGGGGUCCCUGUCACUCACUCUAACGUUGAGGUGGUCUGCGGCUCUGAUGUUGUUUUUGUAGCUGUCAAACCUCACCUUGUUCCUCGAGUCCUCAGUGAGAUUUCUCAGUUCGUCACUGACAGACACAUUAUUGUUUCAGUCGCAGCAGGAGUAACUCUGGCAACACUAGAGGAGCUCCUACCAGAGAAUGCAGUCGCCAUCAGACUGAUGCCAAAUCUCCCAUGUGUGCUGCAAGAGGGAGCUCUGCUCUUUGCACGCGGAUCUCGUGCAAAAGACGAGGAUGCAUCUUUGCUUCGCACCUUGUUGCACCGCUGUGGUUUUGUGGAGGAAGGACCUGAAGCCUGGAUCGACAUCCAUACGGGACUGAGUGGGAGUGGAGUCGCCUUUGUCUACCUGUUUGCUGAAGCGCUGGCAGAAGGAGCUGUUAAAAUGGGAAUGCCAGGAGCUCUAGCCUACAGCAUCGCAUCUCAAACUAUUCUGGGUGCAGGGAGAGUGUUACGUGAGUCUGGGAAGCAUCCAGCUCAGCUUCGCUCAGAGGUCUGCACCCCAGGGGGAACAACCAUCUAUGGGCUUCAUACUCUGGAGAAAGGCGGCCUGAGGGCAACAACCAUGAGCGCUGUAGAGUCUGCCACGGAGAGAGCCAGGGAGUUUGGUCGACAGUCAGGAUGCAAAAAAUGACAUUUGCAGUUUCUGGCUACCACUCAAUGAACUCAAUUCAGAUCUCAUUACAACUCCAUUUUGAACUAAUCCAUCACCAUCGAACACAAGGACAAAACAGGACGUUUCCUCUUUUAAAUUAUGUUUCACCUCAGACAAGUGCAGUUUCUUCUCCCUUUUCACAUGAUUUUUUUUUUUUUUUGCUCAAAAAAGGAAUUAGAGCUUUGGAAAAAUGAAGAGCCUCCUGCAAAUCUAAGUUUUUCAUGGGUGCGUAUUUGAGUAGAAUUAUCUCUAUUUUUUGUGGUUUAAGUGUGAACAACAUUUCUCCUAAUUCUCAGUUUUCCAAAUACAAUAUUCUUUAGUUGGAAAAUAAAGAAGAAACUGGAGUUGUGAGAUCUUUUGCCUUUCCACGACAUGUAUUAUGACAUAAAAAAUACAGGGAGUUAUUGCAAAUAAAUACAGUGAGCAUAUGUAGGCUUAAAUAUGAGCAAGAAUAUUGGAUUUUAUUAUUCUGGUCUCUCUGACUAUUUUUAUCCUUGGCCUGCAUGGUGUGACAAAAAAUUGAUGUGCCAUAAUACUGUUUAGGAGUAGAGUAGCAAUAUGAAGGGCAAUUAAUAGUAAAGACUACUAAUAGUAAAGAGCCCAUAUUAGCUUUAGCUCUAGCUAAUUGACAAAUCUAAGAUUGUGAUAAUGAUAAAAUUAAUAUUUGUUGUGCAGCCCUGUGAUAUUAUAAUUCAGGGGUUGUAGUUGUGGAAAAUGAGAACUUGUUGAGAUAAAAGAGUAUUCUCUUAAAGCAGAAUAAUCUACUUGGGUUUCUUUUUUCCAGACAGUUUAUUGUAGGAGAUGUUUUUACCUUGACAUGUUUGGACUGUCACCUGCAGUCAAGCCAAGUAAACCCAAGUAGAUUAUUCAGAAUAAGAAGACAAAAUGAACUUGCUGGAUUCUCUUAAAGCAGAGUUACGUGAAAGAUGAACAGGAGUGGGUCAAGAUGCUUUAAGGGCUGAUAUAAAACAGAUUUGUUUCCGAAGUUACACACCAGUAUUCUGAUGUUUAGAAACUAUUAAAACGUUUCCUUUGCAUUUUUCACAGUCUUUACAUGACUCUAGACUUUUACUAUUCUAACCAGUUUUCACUUUCUGCACAUAAAAUACCCAAAUGGGAAUGUUUUGUUUGGAGGUUGGGAGAAAUGUUGAAUUAAGUAAGAGAUAGAUGUAAUUUAUACACUAAACUAUAGCUAAACACUCAAACCUUGAAAAGUAAUGAUGCAUUGGUCUCUUCAUUUUUUCUGUAGCUGUAAUUGACUAAUCUAUUCAUUUACACUGACAACUUCAUUAUUUGAUGAGAGCCAUAUAAUUUAUUUGAAUAAAUGGCUGCUUCCACAUGCAGGCUUAUAUCCACAUCUUUUAAGUUUAAAGCAAUCUCGGACAUUAUCACCCAAAUGUGGUUCAUCCAUACAUGUCAAUAUUUAAAUUGAGCUAUAAACCGCAUAUUGCCUGUAUUUACUCAUGCAUAAUGAAGGCUAUGUUAGCUUUCAAAUAAAGACAACACUCAUGAAACCAUUUAGCACAGUACCAGUUAGACCAAAAAUUGACUUCAUAAACCUCAAUUUGUGUUUAAUGCCUUAGUAGACAGGAUUGAAUCGUCAUGUCUGUGUAAUAUUAGAGGAAUGAAUGGGGGCUGAAUGUGUGAAUGUUGGAAUAUAGUACUUAAAAUUGGACCAGAUGAAGGAUUAAACUUUACAUUUCGGAUAUUGUACGAAUUAUCAUGGUUGUGCAGCUGCUCUUAGAGAUCUAGUUUACAUCUGGUUGUUGACUGAAUACUCCAUGCCGAGUUUGUAGUGAGUUUUCAUAAAGUGUCACAUGAACCAUC